GAAGCAGAACGUGCAAACUUAACCGCUGCACCACCAGACCAGCCCCCAAUCUCAUUUUUCAAAACUGCUCUGAUGUCUUGGAUUCAUCUGAAUCUAAACUGUUGUGACUUCCUAUCUCCCAUGACUUUCUCUAUUUACUUAUUCUGAAAAACACAAGGCUGGCUUGUCUUGUAAUGACAGUGGGAGAGUUUCUAAUUGAGAUUCCCUGUUUGCUGUAUCAUUGGUCAUUUUAUUUAUUUUUUUUAAGUUGUACUGGUUUUUCUGAAGUUGAGCUCAAAACUGUAAUUUCUUCAUUUAAUUUUUAGUGCUUCAGAGAAAUCUUAGAUCAGUCUGAUCACUAUUCUCUGGUAAGAAUGAUUUUUAGAUGACAUCAUCUGCAUAGAUGUUUUAGAGUUUUAAAUAUAACCUUGAAAUUCUAAUUCUUCACCAUGACCUGACUAAUAUUUAGCCUCUCUUCAUUAUUUAGCCUCUUUAGUGCUUGAAAAUGGAUUGUAAGUGAAAACAGAUAUUACUGAAGGGUGAGCACACCACCUGGUCUUCUUGAAUCCAUGUGUACAGCUUUUGAUCUCUCCCUAAAUCUACCCUAUACCAUCCAUUCUCACAACAGUGUCAGAGUGAUCUUUCUACACGGCAUAAAUGGCGAUGUCACUUCCCUGCUUCAAAUAUUCAGGUGGCUUUUUUUAUCUAAAGGAUAAGGUCUAAGUUCCUUAACAUAGAAUCAAAUUCUACUGAUGUAACAUAUCCAAAGCAUUGACUACAUCCUUGUUUCUCUUUUACUUUGUGUCAGUUUGUGUUUUUACUGUUCCUAGUAAUAUUUUUAGUUCUGUUAUUAAACUUGUUUUUUCUUACAACAGUUUCAGUCCAAAUCCAAUUCCUUUUUCAUUUAUUUUAGCCUCUUGGCCAAUAUCAUUUUCCAAUUUCAUCUCAUAAUUUCUCCAUUAGAAUUCAAUAUUCUAGAUUACCAAGAUAGCUAGGAAAGAAGAGCCUCUUGAUAAUAAGUUGUGAAUUAGAAACAAAUAAUACAAAAUGGGGAUCCAGUUGAGUCUGGACAUCUUGAAGUUAGUGAUGUUGAUUUUCUUCAUUCUCUUUUCCUCUGUCUUCACUGUGAUUUUGCAGAAAUUCCAAUUCUAAUUUUCUUAAGCAUUGAUGAGUUAAUCUUUAGAUCAAGGCAGAACAGUUCAAGGAAGCAAGAUUCAGUAGAAAUCGGAGGACUCUGGAAUCUAACAAAUGUAGUUUGGAUUCCAGAUCUGCAACUUUGAUUGCUUUUCCUUUACUUCUCUGGGAUCAGUUUCCUCAUGUACGCAAUGCACCUACAUGAGGACAAAACCCAUGCAUAUGUUAACUGUCCUCAAUAUAUGCUGGCCCCCCAUUCAUCUCUCGAAUUCUAGCCAGGAAAGAAAGAUUCAGGAGGAGUAUAAAAAUUAUUAGAUGCAUUAUUCUUCAUUAUAACUGUGAAUCUAUUUCUAAAGUUUUGAUAAAUUCACAUGUAUGUGUUCUUUAAUGAAAUCAUGAACAUUGAGCCUUUUCUCAAAACUUUAGGUGUUUACAAGAAUAUCACUUUUUUUCAAAAUGGUUCUGAUUUGGUGUGACCUUUCUGUAUAUGUUAAUGUGCAAAUAGGAAAAUAUCAGCUCCUCUAGAAGCUGACCCAGGGCCAUCUCAGAACUUCAUCUCUGGCCAUUCUUAUUUAUGUCUUUAUUCUUAGACAACACAAUGUCCUUCCUCUUCCAGCUGAGAUCCUGCUCUGCCUCUUUUCCUGACACUAAGAAGGAAUCUGAAUAACAAAUCUAGAAUCUGACCCUUCAAAUAAAAAAUCUCUCUGCAUGACCACUGCUAGAGAUUCAUUUCUAUAUCUAUGGCUGAAGGAAACUGGACAAGAGUUAAUGAGUUUAUCCUCAUGAGCUUCUCUUCCCUACCUGCUAAAAUACAGUCCUUACUCUUCCUGACAUUCUUAAUCAUUUACCUGGUCACCCUGAUGGGAAACAACCUCAUCAUUCUGGUUACUUUGGCUGACCCCAUGCUGCACAGUCCCAUGUACUUCUUCCUCAGGAAUUUGUCCUUCCUGGAGAUUGGCUUCAACCUAGUCAUUGUGCCCAAGAUGCUGGGAACCCUGCUUGCCUGGGACACAACCAUCUCCUUCCUUGGCUGUGCCACUCAGAUGUAUUUCUUCUUCUUCUUCGGAGUUGCUGAAUGCUUCCUCCUGGCCACCAUGGCGUACGACCGCUAUGUAGCCAUCUGCAAUCCCUUGCACUACCCUGUCAUCAUGAACCAAAGGACACGUGCCAAACUGGCUGUUGCCUCCUGGUUUCCAGGCUUUCCUGUAGCUACAGUGCAGACCACGUGGCUCUUCAGCUUUCCAUUCUGUGGCACGAACAAGGUGAACCACUUCUUCUGUGACAGCCCACCUGUGCUGAAGUUGGUCUGUGCAGACACAGCACUGUUUGAGAUCUAUGCGAUCGUUGGAACCAUUCUGGUUGUGAUGAUACCCUGCUUGCUGAUCCUAUGUUCCUACACUUGCAUCAGUGCUGCCAUCCUCAAGAUUCCUUCAGCUAAAGGGAAACAUAAAGCCUUCUCUACCUGCUCCUCCCACCUUCUUGUUGUCUCCCUUUUCUAUGUAUCUUUAAGUCUCACCUACUUCAGGCCUAAGUCCAAUAAUUCUCCCGAGAGUAAGAAGCUACUGUCGUUAUCUUACACUGUUGUGACUCCCAUGUUGAACCCCAUCAUCUACAGCCUGAGAAAUAAUGAGGUGAAGAAUGCCCUCAGCCGAACCUUCCGCAAGGCUUUAGGCCUCAGAAACUGCAUCCCGUAGACACUGAGAAAUAAGACUAAAGUUUACUGAAUGAGGAACAAUCAGUUUCAUAUUUGGGAUUCCUCUGCCUCUCUCCUCAUCUCCAUUGGGAUAAAAUCCAGCUGCUGAAAUGGCUAUAGGAAAGCUCAAUGGAGAGAAAACAGCACAGACAUAGUUUAGACCUAUUGCUACCACCUGGCAAACUCCUCUGCCUGUCCACUGCAGACUUACAUUCUUUUUCUUAUUUGUAUUUCAAGACUUCUAUAGACAAGUAAUUCCAGAUAUUCACAUUCCUGUGUCCACAUUGUGAACAGAAUGAAAUUGCUUGUAAUCCUAACUUGGGGACACACAUAAUUAAAAGAAGGCAAAACCCAUCAAAAAUCGUCUUGUAACUUUCUCUUCCUUUGGGCAAAUCUUACUCCAUUCAUCAGAUAGAAAACCCUGUGAUCCUCCCAACGCAUCUCUCUCCUCACUGUCUUAUUUCAGUUCUCAUGCCCUUGAGGCAGUGUUAGUUCUUUUAAGCUUACUUUUAUGUAGUAUGGAUAUAGAAAAGUGAAUCAAUAAUCCCCAUACUACAUUUUUGUAACUCCAACAGUCACUUUAUUCUUCAUUCUAUUUUUCCCAGGAAGAAUGACCUGAGCUUCCAUUGGCUCUCUCUCUAUCCCAUAUUCAGGUUCUUAUACCUCAUUGAAGUAAUAUCAUAAAUUUCAAUCAUGAUGCUGCUUUCAUCCAAGCUUAAAAUGGAUACAGCUAACUCCAAUGGAACUCUUCUUUAACCACAAAAGACUGCUCAUUCUUUUUAUAACUUCAUAGUACUCUAUUUUGUAAACAUACCAUAGUUUAUUUGUCUUUUACAAAUUAUAAAUCAUACUGUAAAGAGUAGCUUUAUGCAUAUAUCUUUUUAAAUAUUUUUCCAGUGUAUCUUACAGAUAGAAAUCUAGAUAUUGGAUUUGUUGGACAAAGGGAAAAUACAAGUGUAAUGUUGCUAUAUAUUGCAAAUUUCCCUCCAAAUCUAUUUUACUUUUUUAUACUCCCACCAGCAAUUUGUAAGGGUGCUUGUUUCCCCAAAGCCACAUCAAUGGCAUUUGUCAUCAAACAUUUGAAAUUUUGCUUAUAUACUAGCUAAAAAAAAUAACUCAAUUAAAUUUUAAUUUGAAUGAAAUAAAUUUUCUAGAAUAUAGAAGAAAUAGAUGAGUAAAUCAGAGAAAAGGCAUGCAUUUCAUUCAGACUUCUGAACUCAUAAUUCAGAUGAUUAGCAGUUGGGGAUGUCGUGGGAUUCUAUUUUCUCUACUUGAAAGGUUCUUUUCACCUGAAUCCAUCCAUCCAUCUUUCAAGGUCCCACUGAAAUCCCUCAAGCAGCAUACAUUACUCUCUCCUAUAUGUAGCUAUUCCAAGUUUAUCAAUAGAUAAGUGACCUUUUUUUAUAUACUAAGCUAUACUUAUUUUUACGUUUGUCUUCCCUCAAUGUACCUGUAACUCUUUGAAAAUGAGAGCUGCACAAGAGUUUCUGCUUUAUUAUGACACAGACAUUCCUGAAAACCUUAUGUUUCACAAAACUCUGCACUAAAAUUCCUAUGGGGCAAUAGGGUUAGGGAAGAUCGCUCAAAAUGUAUGCGACUUUGAAGCUAGAGCGUUAACAGAAACAACGGCUGGGACCCAGAGAGACAACAUAGACUGCCCAGGCAUGCAGCUCAGUGAGGCUGGAGGCUGCCACAGAAGAUGUUUAACAUGCACAAAGCAGUAGAAUGAAAAUGCCAACAAGCCUUUACUUAGAACUAGGGUGUCUGGUGCUGAGACAAUUCAGAUGGAAGUGAUGCCCUGAAUCAGUGGGACAGCCCUUAAAUGGUCAUGAAAGUCAGUACCACUUUCCAGAAGCCAAAAGCUGCACAAAUCCAGGGGGCCUUGCCUCUGGGAAUGAAGCCUCAGAUACAGGCACACUUUUAGAAUUUUCUUAAAAAGAGCCAAGAGGCCACCUAAUGCCAAGGCCUUAGGACAUUUACUUCAGUGUUGAAGCUUAUCACAAACCAUCUAUUCUGGUUUGCUUUGCCCAAUAAAAACUUUCACAUUACAAUGAAAUCAUGUUCCAGUUUUUCAAUAGUAUAUGAGAGAUGAAUAAAUAUAUGGGUAAUCCAGCGGAGAAAUGAUGGCGAUAGGGAGUAAAGUGGUAUCAGUAGAAAUUAAUUCUAAAUAAUUUUUAGUGGACGAAUUGAUGCGACUUGAUGGUGGUUCGCAUGUGGUGAAAUACACUACUCAAGAGAGGGGGGUUGAUUCUAGAGUAAGACCAAUUCCUGUGGGAGAGCAUAGGAGUCGGAAAGUCUAGAGGAGAUCCAUAGAGGAGGUAUAAAAGGUUUUCUUUUUUUUUUUUUCAGAGAGGUCAAGCCUAAAGCUUUUUCCUUCAUAUCCCUAUUAUAAAUCUCCUUUCACCUUUUAGGAACAUCUAUGCCAAACCUGCAGCAACUGAUCUUGCCUUGGGGCCAAAGGUUUUCAUCAUAGGCCAGGUUCUCCCAGAGUCAAAUAUGAAACCAAGGAUUCAAGUGCAAGUGAGUCAUUAAGGAAAAACCACUAGAUAGGUGAGGAAAGUUGAGUAGAAACGGAGAAGAAGCUAAGAAAAAAUAUAAUUUCUGGUGAAAUCCCAGACUCAGCCUGGUCCAGUAGGGAACUCCAAAGCAUAAAUAAACCUCAGAGUUUGUUCUGCUUCGGGUCAUAGGAAGUAGGCUUUUGUACUCCCACUCCAAACAUCCACUGGCUACUGGUGGACUGUGGAGUAGAAUUAAAACUUCCAGUCACCUCUGUCCCCUGAAGAGGGUCCCCAGUGCCCAGGGCAUUCUUCUGAAGGUCUCAGAUACAAGCUGUUAGAAGUAAAGCUUGUACAAGCUGAAGAAUGAUACACAGAGCUGGUCAAAGCGACUCAGGAGGUUUGAGGAGGAACUCCAACAGUAUCCACUACAGCCUGCCCUUUAUAAGUACUUUUCAUCCUCUGAGUGAGUCAAGAAAAGACCCCAAAAGCUUUGACCAGAACAUUUAAAAGUGGCCACUGAAAAAAAUGACCACUGAAACCCUAAAUCUAGAACUCAGUUCAAUGUAUGGUGACCUCUCCAACUACAACAUCUACCCAUCAGUGUGAGUUCUAAUACAUGUAUUUUUCUCCAGAUGAGUAAUUUGAAUCAAACACACAAAUUCAAACACAUCCCCAAGGAUAUUCAUUAAUCAUCAGAAACAAUAGAAUCAAACACAUAAGUAUGAAAUAAGUAUUUUCUUAUUUAAUUCACCAUUUUCAAGCUAUCUUUAUUUUUCACAAUGGACUCAGAACCACACAUCAUUAUAUAGGGUGGUGAUAGUCUUUUUCUUCAUUUCACUUUUUACAAAAGGGGCCCCUUUGAGAUUGCUGGGACUGAGAAUGUAGGCUAUGAUGAUUAAUUUACCUCUUAAAGGCUUUUCUCUUAGCCAUCCAAAGACAUAGCUGAAGCUUUGGGGUUGCUGCUCAUAAUAACCAUACUAAAUUAUAAUCAAAGUUUCUCAUACUCAUAGUUAUGUCCAAGAAAGUGGGAAAUGGUGGUGCUAUUUUUGCAGCUACAUCAUUUUCUUCUAGUUACAUAUUCAUCACAGUUGUAAAUUCAAAUUUUUAUAUGGUUCUUUGAUGUUUGUCUUCACCUCUAAACUGUAUGUUACAUGAGACCAGGGACACUGUCAAUUAAAUUUACUAGUGUAACCUCAGCAUCUGGUUCAUGUUAGGCAUAUUUGUUGAAUGAAUGAAUAAACAUUCAAAGUAGAUCUUACGCAUUUGUUCAUUGGUCAUUGGAGUAAUACAAGAGCUUCUCCUCCAAAUGCUAGUAAGCAGGACUUGGGAAGAAGGAGAGAAUGAGAAGAAUAGCAAAGAGAAGUCACGUAAGUAUUUCUUCUGUCACAUAAUCUUGGGCUGUAAUUCUAAGUAAACAUAGGAGCUAACAGAGAUUUAGAUUAUAUACUAGACAAAGAAAUGGGUUAUCAAGGGGAACAAUAAAUAGCUAUUCUUUUUUAUCCACUGAGUCACCUCUCUAUUAUCACUUCUGUGGGAAAUGUGAAGCAUUUCUCUAGAGCAAAGUCCAAUAUGAACGUGUCAUCCUAGUCAAUAAAAAUGGAAAAUCUCAAGUUACAUAGGUGGAGGAUGUGGUGGAAGCUCAGUAUUUUAAAGAUGCCUUGUGGAAAAAGUCAGGCAUAUACGUGCAGGCACUGUGCUAGAUGCUAAGCAAACAAUAAUGAACAAGUCAGAUAUGGUCACUGCUUUCAGUUAGAACAGGCAAUCAAACAUCAUUUUCAGAAGCACAGUAAGAAAUGUUUAGAUAUGCUUUAGAGUCUUUGGAUGAAGCCUUAAUCAGCUGGGAGAAACUUUUAUCCCAAAGCACGGACUUCAUCUUAUCCCUUCAAUUUCAAUUCCUGUUCCAGACGAGUUAGGAUUUUGAGAUUGUUAGUCAGUCUUCUCUCUUCUCAUCUUAACCAGGAGUUAAUAGCCACUGCAGCCAACAGCAUCCCUAACCAUUUGCUUAGUUUUCAUUAAUAUUCUCUACUAGGCUUAGACAAUAUUAAUAGGCUCUCCUCCCCAUGCCUGAAAACUUCUCCUGAGUCCAGGUCAGAAACACUUCUAAGAACCAGCCUGAUGAGAAUCAAAAGUGAGGAGAGAUGUAAAAGAAUACUGGCAAGAAGGGAAAGAAAUCACUGUCUCAAGAAGAUCUCUGCACCCCA